AUGGGUCAAAAGCCUUCUCCUAGUACCCAUCAGGUCCAACCAAAAGCAAAGAAGACUCCUAACAAGGCUACCAGUACUUGGACAAGGCCUAACCACCAACGUACAACACAUGCUACUGGAUCCAAAGUAAAAUUAAGCAGGGGCAUCAAUAUUGGAAAAUCGGUUAGUGUGGCUUCUUCGGGGACCCGGUACAAUGUUCAUCAUCAGCAGCAAUGUGAGACAACAAAUGGCACUGUGCGAAAGCGUCCUCACCCAAACUCUUUGCAGAAUUUACCAGUAGAUAAGGAUGGAGCAUCGACGGCAGCCUGGAAUGUGAGGGGUGCGUCUAACAAGAUGGCCCGUGUGCAUUGCAAAAAUUUGUUGGGUUUUCAUUGUGUUGGUAUUGAGGAAGCAGUAGGACACAGGGUUGGCAUUUGGUUUCUAUCUUCUAUUGCUAAUGCUUCUUGUGUGGUUAUUGAUCAAAUUGACCAAUGUAUCACAGUGAAAGUGAGUGUGGGCCAUAAUAGACCAUGGAUGGCCAUUGGUGAUUUUAAUGAGAUUGUGGCACCAGAUGAGAGUACAGGUGCUUAUUUUUCUUCUCACAGAGCUAGUCUAUUAGCUACUACUCUAGAUGACUGUGAGCUCUUUGAUCUUAAAGUGACUGGUAGGAGAUAUACUUGGUAUAGAGCAGUUCAGGCUAGCAGGGACUUGGCUAAAAGGUUGGAUAGAGCUCUAGUUAAUGAGGCGUGGAUGUCAAUGUUUCCUGAGGGUUAUUCUGAAAUUCUUAGCAGGCUUCAUUCUGAUCAUUGUCCUAUUUUAGUUCGUUGUCAUGGUAGCCCCAGAGUGAAAGGUUCUCAUCCUUUUAGGUUCCAAGCUGCGUGGGCAACACAUCCUUCUUAUAAACAUGUUAUUAGUAAGGCUUGGAAUCAAGAGUUUGGAGGCGUUACUGAAAGGCUUAAGAUAGUUCAACAGGCUUCUUUGGACUUCAACUCAAAGAUUUUUGGAAAUAUUUUUGUGCGAAAAAAUAAGCUGGAAUAUCAGAUUGAUCAGAUUCAACGGUGUUUGGAGGUUACCGAUGUGUUAUCUCUGAGAAUUAAAGAAGCUGAACUGAGGGAAGAUUAUAAUAGGCUUUUAUUGCAAGAGGAACUUUUUUGGUACCAGAAAUCUAGAGAGCAGUGGGUCAAGUAUGGGGAUAGAAACUCUAAAUUCUUUCAUCUUCAGACUUUGGUGCGUAGAAACCAUAAUAGAGUACAUGGAUUAUAUGUUAGAGAUGAGUCUUGGUCUACUGAUCCAGAUAUUCUCCAGGAAGAAGCCCUCUCUUUUUACAAGAAUCUCUUUGGUACAAUGGAAGAGGUUGAGGUUGAUUGUUUAGGGGAUGUUCCGAUGCCCACUCUAAGCACUGAGGCUUGUGCUAGGUUAAUUGACCCUGUCUCUUUUGCAGAAGUCAAGUCAGCAGUAUUCAGUAUGAGCCCUUUUAAGGCUCCUGGUCCAGAUGGCUUUCAAGCUUAUUUUUUUAAAGAAUAUUGGGAGAUAGUAGGCACUGAGAUUUGGAAUAUUGUCCGGAGCACUUUUUUGGGAGAGUUCUUAAAUCCUAGCAUCAUGGAAACUCUGAUUGUACUUAUUCCUAAAAUUGAUAAUCCUACAUUUAUGAAGGAUUUCAGGCCUAUUAGCUUGUGUAAUGUUGUUUAUAAAAUUAUCACUAAAGUAUUGACUAACCGACUUCGGCCUUUUCUUCCAGAUAUUGUUAGUCCUUUACAAGGAGGUUUUAUUCCGGGUCGUGGUGCUCCUGAUAAUAUUAUUGUGGCCCAAGAAAUUUUGAAUUUCAUGAAGCACACAAAAUCCAAGAAAGGUACUCUUGCUUUUAAAAUUGAUCUUGAAAAAGCUUAUGAUAGGGUGGAUUGGAGGUUUUUGGAGAGUACUCUCAUCGCUUUUGGUUUUCCUAUCAUCACUGUUAAUUUGAUUAUGACUUGUGUCCGUGCAUCCUCUCUUUCUAUUAUGUGGAAUGGGAAUAGAUUGGAUAGUUUUGCUCCUAGAAGGGGGCUUAGACAGGGCGAUCCAAUGUCUCCUUACUUAUUUGUGCUUUGUAUGGAAAGACUUGCCUGCUAUAUAUCUCAUAAGGUGGUCGAGGGUGUGUGGAAACCAGUUUCUGUCACUAGGGGUGGCCCAAAAUUUUCUCAUUUGAUGUUUGCAGAUGAUCUCUUACUCUUCUGCCAGGCUACAAAAAGAAGAUAUCUUGGAGUUAACCUUAAUCAUUCCCGUACUAGUAGGGCUUCUUUUCAUUCGGUGAUUGAAAAGGUGAGGGGAAGAUUAGCUAAUUGGAAAGGAAGGCUUCUAAAUAAAGCAGGGAGACUUUGCCUGAUCAAUUCUGUUGCAGCAUCCAUUCCUGUCUAUCAUAUGCAGAGUAUCUCAAAGGCUUUUGGUGCUCUUAAGGAUGCCUUCUCUUGGUGCGUUGGGUCACUUGAUCAAUCUUUUUGGUUUGACAAUUGGAGUAUUGAGGGCCCAAUUGCUCAAGAUGUCCCUUUUGUACAUAUAUCUGACUCUGAUUUAACUAUUAGAGACGUUUGGAAAGAUGGUCAAUGGAAUCUCCAUGAUAUUUUCUCUAUCAUUCCAGAAGAUGUCAAACAACGUUUGAAUGCUUAUAAUCCGGAUUUGAAUGCUGGAGAGAGUUCGGGUUGGUCGUGGGGUGUGGCAUCUUCUAGACUCUACUCAGCUAGGAGUGGGUACAGUUGGCUAGCCAAAAGAAAGUUUGACUGGAAUGAGCAUGAUAAUUGGUUGUGGGUAUGGCGUCUGCAUAUUCCUGAGAAGUAUAAGUUCUUGAUUUGGCUCAGUCUUCAUAAUGUUAUUCCUACUGCAGAGUUUCGUUUGGGUCGUGGUUUAGCUUUAUCUAGCACCUGUCAUCGGUGUCAGAAUGGUUCUGAAUCCAUUCUUCAUUGUCUUCGGGAGUGCCCUAGUGCCAAGGAGGUCUGGACCCUUUUAGGCCUGUAUUCAGAUAACUCGAAUUUACAUGAUUGGCUCUACAGAGGUGCAAGGAGUGGAGAUGCUUUUCUUUUCUUUUCGACCAUCUGGUGGAUUUGGAGAAGCAGGAAUCAUGACUUAUUUAAUAUAGAUGAUUCAUGGAGUGCUAGUAAAGUGUUGAGUUUGAUUCGUAGUUCAGUAAGGGAGUUUCACACUAUUUUUGCUAUGCAUCAAUCUCUGUCUCCUCCUUCACUUUGUUUGCAUUGGGUUCCACCUCCAGUUCAUUCUGUUAAAUUGAAUUGUGAUGCUAGUUGGUUUGCUCCUUCUGGCUAUGCUGGUUUUGGUUGUAUUAUUCGCAAUCACGAUGGAUGUUGGUUGAAAGGUUGCACUGGAAAAGUCGAAGUGUGUAGUGUUCUUUUUGCUGAAUUGUAUGCAAUUUGGAGAGGUUUACUUCUUGUUUGGGAGAGUGGAUUUCGUGAGGUUAUUUGUGAAAUAGACUGUUUAGAAGCUCUUUUCUUGGUAAACCAAAGAAUGCUUAGUAAGGAUAUUCCGGAAUGGGAUUUGGCAAAGCAUAUUCAGGAGGUUAUGAAUUGGAAUUGGAGAGUCUCUAUUCUUUUAAUUCAGAGGACUGCAAAUAGUGUUGCAGAUUGUAUGGCUAAAGCAGCUGCUUCUGUCGCGGACAUUCACUCGAAUUGGAGCCAACCAUAG